AUGAGCAAGGAGCCAUGGCUCGACUCACUCCCAGAUGACUGGGUGUCGCAGCCACCACAGACACCUUCUCCGACUUCGCGCCCAUCACCAUCCCUCCCCACGGCUCCUGUCACCCAGUCGGCGCGCAAAUGUAUUGGAUGUUAUCACCGAAGUCGGAUACCCCGUCCAGAGCCAUCACCACGUAUUAAAGCGAAAAGCACUCCGAAAGGAACCAAACAGGCGCAAGCCAAAAAAGCUGGGAAUGACACCCCCAGUCCGCGUGCCUCUCCGCGAUUAAAUAAUAGUCCAGCCAAAGGCGCGCCGAAAGGGGCUGCUAAGCCGGGAACGCCGUCUGGGAAGAAACCGUCGUCCACGCCAUUGAAGAAUAUGGUAUCGGCUCGGUCGAGUUCCAAUGUCUCAAAUCAUACAGAAGAGCAAGGUACAGUUCAGGUGCGGCCCGUGAAAGGGGAUGCAAAAGGCACGCCGGAAUGGAAGCGCCGGCUUAUACGCGGGCAAAUGGCUCCGGAUGAACGGUGCGACUUGUUUGCUCCGCUUGGUCUGGAGAGCAUUUUCAAGCCUCCUCCAGCAGGAUCCGAGCCCGGAGCGCAGGGAUCAUUUGCUAAUUCAGGUCCGACCGAUGAUGUCAGGCGCACAAAUGAGGAACCUAGCGACAAUCAAAACAAACGGGAUAAAAGCACGUGCUUGGCAAAAAACAAAGACCUCGAGGGAAAGGAUUCGAGCACCUCAACACAAGAUAAAGAACAAGAUAAGGAGAACCGAGAACAUCCCCCCGGAUCGAACGAGAGCGGUUCUGUAUCAAAACCUAACAACACUGAUGCCUCACAACUCUCAACUUACGGCUUAGACGGAGUCUCAGAUAUGGAUAUCCGAAUGAGGUCGGCAAGUGGGCGGGAAGAAAUUCGUAAUGAAGGAAUAACGCCUAUUUUGCUGUCAAGAACCAACACAGCAAACUGUCGAACAACCUCAGGUGUACUCAAAUCAGCGCUAAAACAACUAAACGGCAAGCUCGAGAACUUGUCCCAAAACGCCGCCGACAGGCCAGCUUCAGAAACUGGAGGCGGAGAAGAUAACACCCAGCCGGAGGAUCUCCUUGACGUGACCAGCCAGUCUCUGCCAGCGGAUCUGUCAACGGGAACACAAGAAUUUAUAAAAACGAAGCCGUUUGUGAAUUUUCGCCGUGGGGGUUACGACGAUGGCUCUUUCCACAUGCGACGGCUGAGCCCGUCAUCCUUCCCAUCGCAAGCCCUAUCAUCUUCUCCACUAACCGACUCGAAAAUUCGAAGUUCACCACCACCAUACGACGCACCCAGUACUCAAGAUCGUCAACCCAACUCUCCCGGCGGAUCCCAGUUACCUGCCGUCACUCUGUCGCCACCCUGGGAUUCUGGGCCCGAUAGACCAGACUCCCACAAGAUGAAUUCCUCAGGCAGUCCCCUGAAACUAUUUGGGAACCACGACACAUUCACAAACAACAAGUUACUUCGACGAAUGAGUCAAUUUGAGGAGACUUUUGAAGGUGUCUCUGAGGAGGACGAGCCGGUCUCUCCCUCUUUAGGAGUGAGACGGAAAAGGGCAAAUCGUAGUCUUCCAAAUCUGAGGCGCAGAUUGACCAAUGAUCAAUCAUCUCAAAAGACUACGCGUCCAGAGUCACAAGAUGCGGCUGAUCCACACAUGAACCGCUUUGGAAGUGGUCAGCUGGAUAAUUUCGACUUCGAAAAUGAGACUUCGCCCCGCAUUGACGUCCCGCGACGUUCAUUUGAGGACCAAAGGCCACUCGCUGGUUUGCAAUCCCGAUCUUUUUCACGAGACUCCCGAAGAGAAAAUCUCCGGAAGGCGAAAAGCCUCGAUUCAAUUCCCGAGAGAAGACGGUUUCUACGAGAUCGGCAGCGAAUUGCCUCGCGGAGACUUGGGGCCAGUCAACCGGCACCUGUCACAACUUCGCCACGCCCGGAUAAUAGUGAAAUCAAGGGCGUACUUCAUACCCCAGGUAGGAGUUCGAUUCCUAAGCGACGUCGAAUCCUGCAGAAAGCGAGUGAACAACUUGAUGAUCAUCAACGGGAAAUGGAUAUGCUCGCCGGAUCCAUGAGAGGGUUGUCAUUGCUUCAAGUGAGCCUGGAGCGCCAGGGCAUCAAUUAUGACACACAGAGUGGUGUAGACUUCUCGCAGCCGACUCGGCGAUCAAGAUCCCCGACUCCAAGUCAAAUGGGAGCCAUCAGGGACCAAACUUCAUCGAAACAUGCCCAAUCAAAGCGUAGCGACAAAUCAAAUGGAGUUGAUACUGUCCCGGAAGCUCGGAAACGCUCCCUCACUACGCAGGACUUUUUAGAUGAGGCUACCAAGAUCAUGAGUAUGAUCCGCGCGAAGGGCAAAUACAAGAGCGGCUUGGCGAGUGUGGAGGAAUCAGACAUGGCAAGUGUCACCAACGCAGAUGAGACCUAUACCGAGGAGUCCAGCCGGGAGAAUCUUUCACGUCCUCCGAGUCGUGAUGGUGUGGAUAUGCGAAAGUUAAGAGAGCCUCAGCAACUGGAUCCGCGUAUUGCCAGUCAUCUUCGAAAAUUUGAAGACAAAGAUGAUACGGAGCUUCUCAUGGGCGCCUCUGUCAUGUCUUUGCAUCUCGAUAAGGAACAGAAAGCGAGGACCAACAAGAAAGAGGGUGGUGAUGAAAUUGAAAGCAGCCCUCCAAACACUCGAAUUCGAAAUAAUACCCGCAUACAACGCAAGCGGAAGCAUUCCCAGUCAGAUGAUGACCAACCUAACCACGAAGAUCUCUUGACCGUGAAGACUAGUAGCCCCAAUGGACAUCCGAUCCCAACAGCCUCAUCGAACAGUUCCAACGCUAAAGGUGUUAUUCCGUCUGAUAUGGUAUCACACCUGAUUCCCGAACAGGUCAAUGGGAUGGUCUACGACCGUUCGACUCAUACGUGGGUUAAAAAGAAGGCCGGCGGAUCAAUGAACGGAUCAAGAGACGACAGUGACGAUGAUCCAUUUGGCAGUAUUCCGGACCUCAGCGUAGAUGAAUUAGAGGAGAUGAUGAGGGUCCAAGAGUUGGUCUCUUCUAAUGGGAAGGGCAGUCAGCGUCCUGCGGGACAAGGGGCUAGGGUCUCAAACACACGGUCCAAUCUCGAUCACCCAGAGAGCCAACCCCUUGAUGCUCGGCCCAGGACACGAGAUGGAGCUCCCUCCGUUCCGGAUUCGAGCUCCGUACAGUCUAAAUUGACACGCUUCACCUCAAGUGGCCCCAGGCCGGAAACUAGGGCUACCUCCUGGGGUUCUGAAGAUUUGACAGGGAAUGAUAAGCAUAAUUCGGAUGAUGCUGACAGGAACCAGCGCCUCAAGGACAUCGAACAUGAGAUUAAGCUUCAUGAGGGCCGUACACAUACCCUUCCGCGACGACCUGAAGGCUCAGCGCGUCAGCCGCGAGUUGUUACCAUCAGUUUCUCUUCUCCUCUGGUGUCGCACGUUGCGUAUCCUGAGGAUGAUGGGGAAGUGAAUGAACAAAAGUCCCGGCCCUCUCAAGGGAGAUCCUCUGGCCCUGAAGGAAAUUCCCAAGCCAUUCCAAAUCCAGCAGGAUGCCGGCGCACAUCACUUGAUGGAAAGCCUUUUGUUGGUCGCUCGAUAUCUCGGAUAGAUGAGCAAAAUGAAGAGACGUCUGACGAGCUGAGUCUGGUUCGCCGAGACACACCCACUCCUCUCUCGAAUGGCGUUCAGAAGUCGGUGAUUUAUCCGUCAUCUGCUGGUCAUGAUACCAGUUACAGUUUCCAUCUCAGUCCGCUGCCCGAUUUUACUGUCAACCAGAUUGACGACCCUCUGCAACUGGAAGUCAGCUAUAUCGCCCAACGCACUCAUCCUUCCUCGUUGCGUCAGGUGCAUGGAACGUUCGCUCUUGCUGCAGAGGAUUUGGUAAAGCAUAUUACUGAUGCGGAGCCGUAUGAGCCGUAUUGGGAGCAUCUUCGGCGACUGAAUCUCCGGGGAAAGGGUCUUAUCACUCUACACAAGCUGAACGAUUUCUGUCCUCGCCUUGAGGAACUGGAUGUCUCAGAGAACGAACUUGGCCAGCUCAGCGGUGCUCCGUCUACGCUGCGCAAUUUGUCCAUCCAACAAAAUUGCAUCUCAAAUCUGACAGCGUGGGGCCACUUGGUUAACCUUCAAUAUUUGGACGUUUCGGGCAAUCAACUCGAGUCGUUGGAUGGUUUCUCUGGAUUGAUUCACUUGCGGGAACUGCGAGCAAACAAUAACAAGAUUCGAAACAUCGACGGCAUUCUCGACCUGAAUGGGCUCUUGCGUUUGGAGCUGAGGCACAAUGCGCUGACAAUGGUGGACUUUGAAGGAGCCGAACUUACACGUCUACGCGAAAUCGACCUCAGCCAUAAUGAGCUGAGCGCCGUUCGAAAUAUAGACUUUCUUCCGGCUCUUGAGUCCCUUGAUCUCAAUACGAAUCAGGUCGGGGAACUUCAUUCCUCAAUGCCGAUGCGCAAUAUACGGUUUUUGAGACUCUCGAACAACCGCCUCCGCUCAUUCGAUGCCGCCAUCUUUCCCGGUCUGACAUUGCUCUAUCUCGACAGGAAUUACCUGUCAACGGUCAAUGGAUUGGAGAAAUGCAGCCACCUUGAGGUGUUGUCUCUUCGAGAGCAAAUGUCUCUGCAAUCCAAUGAACCCGCAUCCAUCCUUGAUAUCGAUAUCAGUGUUAUAAAGGAUAUCCGCAAGUUAUUUUUAUCUUCUAAUCGCCUAUCGGAGCGAGUCCUGUCGCCUUCGGCCCCUGCUUUAAGUUUACAGUUGCUUGACGUAGCGUCUUGCGGCCUCAGGUGCCUUCCCGCUCACUUUGGGGCGAGCUUUCCGAACCUCCGAGUUCUCAACCUCAACUUCAAUGCUCUGACGGAGCUGAGGGAGAUAGCAGGAAUGAACGGAUUGGACCGCUUGACAGUGGCCGAUGGGCAAAAAGGACAGGAUGAGGGUCGGCACACGGCCCUUGCUACGUUUGGGCGCUGCGCCGAUAUUGCACUGCCCGAACUGGCGAACGAAAUGAGCAAGAUCGAUUCUGAGCCGGAGGUGGAGAUCGACGAUCCAUACACUAUUCCUCCGGCGGAUGCGGAGGCCGAUCGAAAGUAUCGAGCCCGCUUGGAUGAAUCGACGAAGGUGAGACGCAUGGUGCUGGAGCUAAUGCUUUAUGCUGGAUCUGGCGGGGCAGUCAAGGUUCUUGAUGGGUUAGAACUGCGGCCGAUCUUGGAGGAAGAGAAGGCGGAAAUGGACCGGGUCUGGAACAGACUGGAGGAUCUGGGCGUUUUCAAGAGGAAGUAA